UUUUUUCUGUCUCUCUGUAUUUUUAGUUGUUUUUUUCAUCAUCAUAUCUUCUAAUUCUUUCUUUAUCUCUCAUUUUUGUAAUUAAUUAUAUUUACUAUUAGUAUUAAUAACUUAGUGUAUAGUCUAUCUCUUUGCAAAUUAUUAUUUUAAUUUUAAUUUAACUUUACAUUCAACAUAUUAUCUGUUGUUAAACUCUGUAAAGUGAACAGUGUUUACAUUAAUGUGAUACAUCAUUUGUACCUGGUUACCGUCUUUUCCAGCUUCUAACUUUCAUAUCUUUGACAGCUUCUCGAUUCUGCUUAUUUAUCUUUGAUUACAUGUAUUUAUUCGAUUAAUAGUAUGGGCUUGGGAUGUGCUUUGAUUCGGUCAUCUUCUGGUGGUGGUAAUAGUUCAUCAGCAAGUAAUAAUGGCCCUACCAGUGGACCCAAUCCACCCUCAAAUAUUUCGGCAUCAACCAGCUUAAGGUUUAGACAACAAGGUAAUAAUAAUCCCAACAAUAAUAACUCGGUUCUGGUUAACACUAACAAUAAUAUUAACACCAAUAACAAUCUAAACAACAGUAGUAAGAGUUCCAACUCUGCUGCCGCUAAUUCAUCCAAUACUAACAAUAAUAACAUCAACAACAAUUUCAAUAGUAUUAAUAAUAACGGUCAACUUGUACAGUUGGCCAACUCAAUGUCUUCUAAUAUGAUUAACGCGGAGAAAUUAACUAGGAGUCAGCAACAACAAUUGGCCAAAUUGCAUCAACAACAGCAGAUUCAGCAAGCACUGCACCACCAGCAACAGCAACAACAGCAACAGCAACAGCAACAGCUUCUCAAUCAAAAUCAAGCUUCACACCACCAACAAUCAAACCAAACACAGUUACAUCACCAAGGAGGAGGAAGGUCAGGUGGUCAUCAUCCAUCAUCACAACAACAACAAGGUGGCUCUAACCAACUUCAUCAUCUCCAUCAUACAUUUUCAUCUCAACCACAUCAUCCCCAGUCCUCCCAAUAUCCAUUCCCAUUAGUGCCAUCAAGUGUUUUUGACGAGGAUCCUGGAAUAAUGUCAGAAGUUGAAACUUCAGCGACCGGCUUUAGGAGAUCAACUAAAGCGCGAGCUUCUUUGCCCAUUGUAAGAACACCCUCAAAGACUCAAGAUCGUUCACUUGGCUUAGUAUUUCUUCAAUAUCGUAAUGAGACAAAGAGAGCCUUAUUGCCAAAUGAAAUCACUUCUAUGGAUACUGUUAAAGCUUUGUUUGUGCGCUCAUUUCCACGACAAUUAACCAUGGAUUAUCUUGACUCACGUCAAGUCCGUAUUUAUAUUCAUGAUGCCUCCAAAGACAUGUUUUAUGAGCUUGAAGAUCUCAGAGACAUUCGCGAUCGCUCAGUAUUACGGGUCUAUGAACAAGACGGAGCCGGUGGACCUUGGCUACCAGUUGGCUCAGUUAGACCUUUGAUCAAUCAUGCAGUUAAUCAUACCAACUACUUAGAUGCUGAUCCGAGUUAUUUUUCUGAACCCGAAUUUGAUAGUGAAUAUCAAAACCAACAUAUUCACCGUAAAAAAGGUUUAUCACCCAAUUUACCAACCUCUGGAGCUCAAUCUCAAUAUUAUGGAACCAUAAUCAUGCCCGGUGGAACUGGUUCCAGACCCAGUACGAUUGUGCCACCAACCUACCCCACUGUACAAACUCCUCUUCCAAUUCGUCCAUCACCAUCUAAUCAACCUCCUCAGCCACCUGAACGAGCUAAACCUUAUCCAGGUUAUUCUCAAACUUUACCCCGUGGAACCCAUAUAGUGGCAACUUAUUCCAAUUUACCUGGUGAUUCCUCAGUAGCAUCUCCUCAACAAGCCAAUGCUCAACUAAUGCUUAAAAAGGCUAAAGAACCUUUAGGAACUCCUCUGGUAAACAAUGCACCGCCAAAGCCUCAAAGGUCAUUUCAAUCUUCCAUUGCGGGUGCCAAUAGUGGAUCUGGAACUGCUCCACCACCACCUUCUAGAACACCUCAAUCCUCUGGAAUCCAAAUGACUGGUCGAAGUCCAUCAACUUCUAGUAACCUUGGAGGUCCGUUGCCCCUUUCCGCUCACCCUUACACCAAUAGACCGCUACCCGAGAGACCUUACUCGGUAGCCGGUCAUUAUCCAUCUCCUGACAGACGCUCUUUCCCAGAAUACUCAGGUUAUCUGUCAUCCCCAGAAAGGAGGUUACCCAAUGGUGAGAAUCUUCCACCUGGAGCUCGAUCAUCUUUCCCUUCUCCUGGCUACUCUCAUCAGGCACCAUCGGUCAACAGUUAUGAUGAUAUGUAUGGAAGCACUGGUCCACCCUUACCUGGUCAUCAUCCAUCACGGUCUGGAAGUACAACUCCUAUUGUUGAUGAAGAGGCCAGGAUUAGAGUUGAUUUCAUGGAACGACAAUUAGCCAGCCUUACAGGAUUAGUACAGAAAGCCUUAUCUACUCCACCAACUCAAAUACGCCAAGGUCCAGCUGGAUCUGAUCUCAAGGGAGCGGAAAAACCUGGUGCACCCAAACCAGCUCCACCACCGAAACCAACUGCUCUGGCUACUUAUCGUGGUUCUGCUGAUGGAAGCAGCUCAACAUUGUGCAAUGACGUUUUCAACCAACUCCGUCAACUUAAAAAGCGUACCAAAGACUUGAGAGUUGAACUACGAAAUUUACGUCGAAUGGCUCAAACACAAUCAGGAAUGGCAAAGGAUACUUUAAAAGAGACUUGUGUAAAAAUACGAACUUCGUUGUCCUAUGUGAUGCUCAAUGACCCAUUAGAGAGAUCACUCCGUUUUAACCGUCUAAGGCUAUCGAAAGAUGAAGAAUCUUAUAAAUACGAUGUUACCCGAUUAGAGAAGGAUCUAAAUGAAUUAGAAAGUCAAGUUGAAGGACUUCGAAGUAAUGUUAUUAAUCGUCGUUGUCGUGUAAAUAUGUCUGAUGUUGAAGCAAUGGCAUUGAUACUAAGUCGAGCUUCCAAGACAGUCGCUGAUCUCAAGACAAGAUACCCUCACCUUCAAGAGGCUCUCAAAACUAUCAUGACUCAUGAAAUGGAGAUUGUUGUUCGUGAAGAAAAAUUUCUUCAAGAAGAACCUGAAAGGCUUGAAAAUGCUUUAAGAAGAUGUAAAAAAUUGACCGGAACCUUGGUAACCUUGAAAAGAUUAGCUUCAGUUCAAGAGCAACGUUGUACCUCCGGAAAUAAUCAACCUUCAGCUAAAUUUGAAAAGGCCAUUUCUGCAGAUUCAAAUGAUGCAAGUUCAUCCAAAGAGCAGCCUACUGCAAGGACCAUUCGAGCUCAAUCAUGGAAAAGGAGUCCAAAUUUCAGGGAAAGAAUCGACCUUAUGCGGGGAUUUACCUCGAUGCCAACCAAACAGAGCACGGAAUUAGAAAAUCACACUAUUAUUCAGGUCACUCCAGCAACACCAACAACCAAAACGGCGGACUCUUCUAAUGAAAACACGUUGGACACGCUUUUAAAUGAAUUGCAAACAUAUUCAAAACCAAUGACAAUUCAUUCAGCAAAUAAACAAUCAACAGGCCAUUUAGCAUCUGAAAGACAAAGGCGAUCGGGAUCAGUUGAUUCUGGAAAAAAAUCUGUUCCUGCUCCUCCACCGAGAUCAUCAUCGAGUCAAAUGAGUGAUGGGCCUGAGGUGAAGCCACGUCCUUCACUAAACAGCAAUAAUAAAAAUUCUGUUGGAAACAAUCCGAAUGCGCCAGCUAGUAGACUUGGAACAAGUGUUGUUCGUAGUAAUUCGGAACCCACACCGGCACAAUUAGCUCAAUUACGACCUAAAUCAACUCCACCAGAAGGGGAAUCUAAUCAGAUGAUGCUGGAUCCAUCGAUGGUUCCUGGUGAUUUUGAUCUUUCCAUGGUACCAAGCAAUUCGACUGCCUCACUUUCCUCAAUCGAUAGUCAAGGAUCAAUCAUUGAAACUGGUAAAUCAGGCAAAACUCGUCAACAAUUGCUAGAGGAGCGUCAUCAAGAACUUUUGAGGAAACAAAAACUUUUACAAGAACAGUAUACUCGAUUACAGCAAUUAUCUCGCGGUGAACUGCCCAAUCUUUUACUGAAUGAUUUAAAAAAGACUGGAAGUGAAUCUAACAUUUUAUCAAAAUCGUCAUCAACUUCCAAUGUUAGUGGAUCUUUGACUCAUUUACCUAACAACAAGAAACCUCAUGGGGCUCAGCAGUCCCAAUCUCAAGUUCAACCUACAAAACAAUCUCAAUCUCAAUCAUCAACACCAUCUAAAACGACCUCAAUGGAAUCCAAAGUUUCAUCAGGGGACAAUAAGAAAAAGGAAUCUCUUCCAGCUCCAUUGAUAGCGAAUAAAGGAGACAAAAGUUCCAAAGGUCCCAUUAAACAUGAGACUCAAAAGAUUUACGAAACAGAUAUUCUCUGAAUGUAUUACAAUGUUGUUUAAUUGAAAUCACUUCCUAUUAUAUUCCAAAUUAUAUCAUCCCACAACCAUCUAAUCAUCCACUGUUUACUUCUUCCCAGCAUUUAAAAGAUGAUCAUGUUUGCACAAUAAAGCAAUUUGUUCCAAUUGAAUGAAA